UCUGGCAACUCCUUUACCCUUAGGCAGCCUCCCAGCCCCUCCUCAGAUGUUCUGCAGGAUCUUCUGCAAGUUCACUGAAAGAUUUUUUCCUCCUUUAGGGAAAAAAAAAAAAAAAUUGCACGGGCCAGAGAAGGAAUUUUUCUCUGCAUAGCGCCAUUAGCAGCUCCGACCCUGCUGAGAUUGCUCCUAGCGCCAGCUUUCUCCGUGCCGCUCAACUUUGUUUUUUGAAGGGGGGAAAGGGGAGCGCAAGUUCCUUCCCAAACGGCACCAGAAGAACCCACCCCCGUGCCAAGCCUAUGCUCCUGGUUUAGGAGUGAUUAUACUUGGGUUUCUUUAAAUCGAGCAGCAUACGCAACACUGUGCCUUUAAAUUUCAUCUGAUUACCAAAUCCAGGUCUGGAGAUCACCCAAGAGAUCCACCCGUCUCCCCACGAAAAAGAUCUAUCCAUUUGGAUCUACUGAUCAGAGAUCUGCUGAUUCCCAAGCGGUCGAUUGGUUUCAGAUCUGCCAGUCUCCCAUUUUCAAGAUCUUUCCAUUUGAUCUCCCAGAGAUCUAUCCAUUUAAAGAUCUAUCAACUUUACAUCUGCUGAUCUCCAAAAGACCGUGGCUCUUCCUGGUUCUCGACGGGGUUUUCAGCUUGGAUUAAUUGAUCUCUAUAUCGGAUCAGUUGAAGUAUUGACUCUCGGAUCUAUUGAUCUCGGAAAGAUCUAUCAACUCCAAACUGUUGAUCUCAGAAAGAUCUAUUGAUUAGGAUCUAUCGAUCUCCCAUUGCCCUGUUUCUCCCCAGGUGUGUACGGCAGGACUAGGAGAAGAUGUUCAGCUGGAUGAGGAAGAACGAGAAGAAGACUCCUGAGGUGAUCCACACGGUCACCGAGGGGCUGAAGAACCUCUACAAGAAGAAGCUGCUGCCCGUGGAGGAAUUCUACCGCUUCCAUGACUUCCACUCGCCGGCCCUGGAGGACGCCGACUUUGAUAACAAGCCCAUGGUGUUGGUGGUGGGGCAAUACUCCACGGGGAAGACCACCUUCAUCAAGUACUUGCUGGAGCAGGACAUCCCGGGCAGCCGCAUUGGGCCCGAGCCCACCACCGACUCCUUCAUCGCGGUCAUGCAUGGCGAGACCGAGGGGAUCAUCCCAGGCAACGCCCUCAUCGUUGACCCCAAGAAACCCUUCCGCAAGCUCAACCCCUUCGGGAACACUUUCCUCAACCGGUUCAUGUGUGCCCAGCUGCCCAACCAAGUCCUGGAGAGUAUCAGCCUCAUCGACACCCCGGGGAUCCUGUCGGGAGCCAAGCAGCGCGUGUGCCGGGGCUACGACUUCCCGGCCGUGCUGCAGUGGUUCGCGGAGCGCGUGGACCGCAUCGUCCUGCUCUUCGACGCCCACAAGCUGGAGAUCUCGGACGAGUUCUCGGAGGCCAUCCGAGCCCUGAAGGGCAACGAGGACAAGAUCCGGGUGGUCCUGAACAAGGCCGACAUGGUGGAGACGCAGCAGCUGAUGCGGGUCUAUGGGGCCCUCAUGUGGUCCCUGGGGAAGGUGUUCAACACCCCUGAGGUGCUGCGUGUCUACAUUGGCUCCUUCUGGGCUGAGCCGCUGCUCGUCUCCGACAACCGGCGGCUCUUUGAGCUGGAGGAGCAGGACUUGUUCCAGGACAUCCAGAACCUGCCCCGCAACUCGGCCCUCCGCAAGCUCAACGACCUGGUCAAGAGAGCCCGGCUGGUCAGGGUCCAUGCCCACAUCAUCAGCCACCUGAAGAAGGAGAUGCCCUCGGUGUUCGGGAAGGACAACAAGAAAAAGCACCUGAUCGCCAAGCUGCCCGUCAUCUUCGCCAAGAUCCAGCUGGAGCAUCACAUCUCGCCCGGCGACUUCCCCGACUGCGGCAAGAUGCAGGAGCUGCUGAUGGUCCACGACUUCACCAAGUUCCACGCGCUGAAGCCGCGGCUGCUGGACGGGCUGGACGAGAUGCUGACGAGCGACAUCGCCAAGCUGAUGCCCCUGCUGCGCCAGGAGGAGCUGGAGAUGCCGGAGGGUGGGGUGCAGGGGGGGGCCUUCGACGGCACCCACAACGGCCCCUUCGUGGAGGGCCUGGCCGAGGGCGCCUACGAGGGGGCGGACGACGAGGACUGGGUGGUGACCAAGGACAAGCCCAAGUACGACGAGAUCUUCUACAACCUCUCGCCCCUGGACGGGAAGCUGAGCGGCACCAAGGCCAAGAGCUGGAUGGUGGCCACCAAGCUGCCCAACUCGGUGCUGGGCAAGAUCUGGAAGCUGAGCGACGUGGACAGGGACGGGAUGCUGGACGACGAGGAGUUCGCCCUGGCCAGCCACCUCAUCGAGGUCAAGCUGGAGGGGCACGGCCUGCCCGCCGACCUGCCCCGCCACCUGGUGCCCCCCUCCAAGAGGAGGCAGAAGGGCUCGGCCGAGUAAACGGGCCCCAGCUCACACCCGCCCCGUGCCAGGCUCAAUUGCUCCAGGAGACCCUGAUUCCGCCCCCCCAACCCGUGCCAGGCUGAACUGCUCCGGGAAACUGCGAUCCCCCUGCCCCCCGUGCCAGGCUGAACUGCCCCGGGAGACCCCGAUCCACCCCCAACCCGUGCCAGGCUGAACUGCUCCGGGAGACCCCGAUCCACCCCCAACCCGUGCCAGGCUGAACUGCUCCGGGAAACCGCGAUCUCUCUGCCCCCAUGCCAGGCUGAACUGCUCCGGGAGACCCCGAUUCCCCCCCCAUGCCAGGCUGAACUGCUCCAGGAAACCCUGAUCCCCCCGCUUUCCAGCAUCAGCAAACCAGUCUCACCCCUCACCCCCCCCGGUGAGGGAGUAAUUUAGGACCUCAUGGAUGCAGGAUCAGGCCCUCCUCCCCCGCCCCGCCCCGCAGCAUCCCAUCUGAGCCAGCCGCCCUGGGAUACCUUCACCAUCUCCGUCCCACCCCCGGGGCACGAAGCUGCAGCUGGCUCUGUCGAGGUCAGCAGCCCCCGGAUUCCCCCCCCCCCCCCAAUGUUACGUGUCCACCGGGACAGAAGAGAGAGGCCGCGAGCUGGACCCACUGCCCAGACCUCCAGCUGCCCCAGGUCAUCUGGGGGGAGACCUGACGGACCCCGGGGCCGUCACCAUGUUAAAGUGGGGGGGACUUGCUGUGCUCCCAGAUCCCCAGGCCACCAGCCACACUGGGUGGGGAUCGAACCUGGGGCCUGCCAGCCAUGAGCUGCUCUCCCCCACCCCGCCCCUGGGUAGGGGGGCAUAGAGCCAGGCUGGGUUAGCGCAAGUCACAUCCUGGCACUGCCCCCGGCAUCCUCCAUGCCCAUGUCCCGUCUGCGAUCUGUGGUGCCAGGCUGGGGGCCAGCACCAGGCCGCUGGGACCCAGAUCCGGCCCUGAGGGCUGCCUGGGGCAGAGCUACCCUAGGAGUUUGGGGGGUUCUGAGCCCAGUGCCCAGAACAGCUGGGCGGGCUGCAGGUAACAAUCCCCCAACAGCAGGGGGCAGGGCCUGCCAAUUGGCCCCAUAUAUCCCUGUAUGGCCCUGCCACCUGCCUGCCCCCUGGUGGCAGCCUGGGGUAUUACAGCCUCAGUGGACUGCAGCCCCGCUAGACGCCCCCUCCCUAGUGGUAGCAGGCGGUACUGCACCCAUAUUGUACCAGCCAUGCAAUCCACUCACGGUCUGGGGGGCCAGCUGCCCUGUCUGAGCCCGACCGGGUCCAUUCAGACCCAUCCGGGAAGUGGGGCCCAGUCAGGCAGGGUCUGAGAGUCGUAUCUUGGGGGGGGGGCGCAUUUCCCCUCCAGCCACAUGCUUUGUGUAUAUUGACCCCUUGUAUCAGACCAGCCACCCUGCGCUUCAUGCCCCGACACACCCCACUGCUCCCCCCUCCCGUGCGCUGGGGGGGGGCAGCCCCUUGGUAUUGUUAUGGCAAAAUGCUCAUUUACUCUGCCGUUAAACCAGGGCCUACUGGGGGCAGAGCGUGAGUCACAGGAGCACUGGGCCCGCUCUAAGUUACACUAGCCGCCCCCCGCCCAUCCCAUCCCCAAGUGCACGGAUGGGGCAACCGAGAUUCAGGCCCUCUGUUCCCCAUCCCUGGGGCAGGAUAGUGGUCGGAGGGAUGUGGGGGGGCCCUAAUGCAGCCCUGGUCAGGUGACCAGGUUGGGGGGCUCCCCCUGCAGGCCACAUCUCUCUCCUGGCUGUUGUGUGAGGUCAGCCGAGGUGGUUACCAUCUCUCUGGAUCUAGGGUCAGAUACGGCUGGGAACUGGCCUUGGCCCAUUGAGGGCAACACGGGGCCUGAGCCCAGCUGGAGCCCCAGGAGGUCUUUCCCCCUCGGUCUCACUGGCCACCCCUGUGCGAGCCGGGCUCCAGGACUCUCUGUAUGUCGUCUCCUCUGCCCCCAGGGCCGUAUUUAUAUCGGUCCUUCUGCAAUAAAGAGAUCUCGCAUUUA